GUGGACGGUGUAGUGUCAGUGUGUGUGUGUGUCUGUGUGUGUUGUGUUAGUGUGGGUGGGUGUGGCGCCGAGCGGCGUCGUGUCGACGACGGUGCGCCCAUGGAUCGGUGAUCUACUACGUCACUAGUGCAGCGCUGGUAAACAUGAACCGCGCUAGAACAAGCGGAGUUCAACCACGACCCUAAUGACUAAUGCCAAGAAAUUGUGACGCGCUGCGGAGCGGUGACUAAAGCGGCUUGGCCGCUUUAAAUGGACAAACGCAAGAUGCUGCCAAAGAGAGCGCGCAUGGAUAGCAUGAGGGGACCCAUCGCUAACGGGCCCCUGCAGUCGAGGCCCCUGGUGGCGCUGCUGGACGGGCGGGACUGCACGGUGGAGAUGCCGAUACUGAAGGACGUGGCGACGGUCGCCUUCUGCGACGCGCAGUCCACAUCCGAGAUACACGAGAAGGUGCUGAACGAGGCGGUGGGAGCUCUGAUGUGGCACACCAUCAUCCUCACGAAGGAGGACCUGGAGAAGUUCAAGGCGCUGCGGAUCAUCGUGCGCAUCGGGUCCGGCGUCGACAACAUCGACGUCAAAGCGGCCGGCGAGCUGGGCAUAGCGGUGUGCAACGUGCCGGGCUACGGCGUGGAGGAGGUGGCGGACACGACGAUGUGUCUCAUACUGAACCUGUACCGGCGGACGUACUGGCUGGCGAACAUGGUGCGCGAGGGGAAGAAGUUCACAGGUCCGGAGCAAGUCCGCGAGGCGGCGGCGGGCUGCGCGCGCAUCCGCGGCGACACACUCGGCAUAGUCGGCCUGGGCCGCAUCGGCUCCGCGGUCGCCCUCCGCGCCAAGGCGUUCGGCUUCAACGUCAUAUUCUACGACCCCUACCUGCCCGACGGUAUUGAGAAGUCGCUGGGGUUGACUAGGGUUUAUACGUUACAGGAUCUCCUAUUUCAGAGUGACUGUGUAUCACUGCACUGCAGUCUAAACGAGCACAAUCACCACCUGAUUAACGAGUUUACUAUAAAACAAAUGCGCCCAGGCGCGUUCCUGGUGAACACGGCGCGCGGCGGGCUGGUGGACGACGAGGGGUUGGCGGCGGCGCUGAAGCAGGGCCGCAUCCGCGCGGCCGCCCUCGACGUGCACGAGAACGAGCCCUUCAAUGUAUUCCAGGGCCCGCUGAAGGACGCGCCGAACGUGCUGUGCACGCCGCACGCCGCCUUCUACUCGGACGCGUCCGCCCAGGAGCUGCGUGAGAUGGCCGCGUCCGAGAUACGGCGCGCGAUAGUCGGCCGCAUCCCCGACGGCCUCCGCAACUGCGUCAACAAGGACUACUUCCUAGCCGGGACGGCGCCGAACGCGCGUGUGCUCGCUCCAGUGGCGCCACCUAUGGGCGCGGCGGCGGUCGGCGGCGGCGUCGGCGCGGUCGUCGGCGCCGGCUGCUACAGCGAGGGCAUCAAUGGCAGCGGGUACUACGGCGGCGCUCAGGCGGCCCACUCGACCACGGCGGUGCACGAGCCGCCCGCGCUCCCGCCGCAGCAGCCGCCGCCGCAGCCGCCCCCGCAGCAGCCGCCCAUCACGCUGCCGAUCAACACCUCGGACCCGGCGAACCAUCAAAUGAAGCAGGAGAGCUCCGACGUCCACUAGAGCCCCCGCUGGCCUAGAGCUGGCCCACAGCUGGCCCCCAGCCGGCCCCCAUCCCGGCCCCCCGGCCCCCGCACGCUACGUUACAGUACCGUACGACAACACAAACAAUAGUUUUAUUCCAUCGCAACUUGUAGUUAAGUGAGCGUUGAGUCGGGCCGUUCUCUGUCCUACUGUGUUACAUGCCUAAUGGGCCUAAAGGCCAAUUUAAGGCCCGUACCACGAAAUGGUUUUGAGACUCAAACAAUCGUACGACAAUGUU